GCCGCCAACAAAUACGCCAGCGCAGCCGCACCUGGUUCUCCCCCCCCCCCCCCUCCCCCUGGCGCAACUCUACCCUCCUUCUCUUACCAGUCAAAGAUAACCACCCCCCCCCCGUCCCCCCUUCCCACUUCCCGCCCUACUAUACUAUCCUGAGGUCGACACUGGUUCGAGGACUAAAAUUCUCCGGCCGCCCACCUCCCGUCGUCCCUGGCAGAAGCAAGCAGUAGUAGUAGCAUGUCUCUCAGUGUUAACGCAUCAGCCUCGCAGCCGUGUUGUUGACGACGAACUUGAUAUCUACUACGCGCCUCUGCACUAGCCUGGGAAUCAGCAUCCAGGCGUGGGCCUAGACAGAAACUCGCCUACAUUCCGGCGACAGCUUCAUGGAACGGAGCAUCCCCGAAUACUCGCAGUCAGGUUUGCCUUCGCCCUAUCCAAGCACCUACGGCGACACUCAGUCUGAAGCUUCUUGCUCUGCAGAUCACGCAUCUGCUGCACAAUAUCAGGGCAACCAGGAAGCGCGGGGGAGCAAUUAUCCCGCGUCUGCCACCCCUACGUCGGAGUACGGUGCCUAUCCGCACUCGGCGAGGUCGACUGGCUCGUUCCCAGAUCACAGUCUUCGCCAGUACCAUCCAGCGAGCAACCACAGCGGCAGCAGCGGAGAUCCCUCCAUCGCGGCACCCAGCCCUACGUACGGGGCCAGCCAAUACUCGCCCUACGCGCCGCCGCAUCAAGAAAUGUCGCAUAACUAUCCCCAGAGCGCCGGUAGCCUCUACGCGCAACCGCGACCCGACUGGGGCAACUAUGGUCACCCGGGUGCGCCCACGCAGAUGCCGCAUCCGCAUCAAGUCUACCCCCAUACGCCGACAACCGCUCCGCCGGGACGACCAGCUCAGGUCUACUCGUUCGUUCCCAUCCCCGGAGCCCAACAGCACAAACGCCCCCGACGGCGCUAUGAGGAAAUCGAGCGGAUGUACAAAUGUGGUUGGAACGGAUGCGAGAAGGCCUACGGCACGCUGAACCAUCUGAAUGCGCACGUGACGAUGCAAAGUCACGGGCAAAAGCGCACGCCCGAAGAAUUUAAAGAGAUUCGGAAGGAGUGGAAGGCUCGUAAGAAGGAGGAGGAACAACAACGAAAGGCGGCCGAAGAAGCUGAACGGCAACGCCACGCCCAGGUCGCGGCGGCGGCGGCGGCGCAGGCUCAGAAUGGAGGAGCUGAUCCGCAGGCUGGCGAUUCCGGUCCGGCGCCGUCGUCUUACGGCGCCGGCAGGCCUCAACUACCACCUAUCGGAUACCAAACCAAUCAAUAUCCUGCUCCAUCGUCGGCCAGCGUAGCACAGCAACAGCUGCCCGAGUAUAGUCCGACGAGCCACCUGUAUUCGGGGUACCAACAACCGGCAUCGCCCUACGCGCCCCAAAAUCCGCAGAUGUAUAGCCAACGCGAAUGAGGGUAGGGCGGUCGGGACAGCAAGGGCGGAGUCGUCAGCGGUAUUAGCCGCUUCGCAAGGCGGCGGGUCGAUUCGGGGUUCCAAGUCGUGGUUGACUUGCAUAUGUUUUUUUUUCACUCGAGACGGUAGUAGACCCGGUGCUUUUAUGGACGUUUCACGACAGCAUCGUCUUUGGGAGCAUUCGCGCGGCCCGGAUGGAGAGAGUGGCUCGGGGCAUCCGGACGCGCAGAGAAAUUUUUUUUUUAUUUACGACUGUUGAUUUCU